AGGUCAACCACUGACCAAACACAAACUUCAGAAAGAUGGCCGCCAAAGGGUGGCUGGAAUUGGAAAGUGACCCAGGGGUAUUCUUGUUGUUAAUCGAGGAAUUUGGUAUACGUGGUGUUCAAGUUGAUGAAAUUUAUGACUUAUCAAAACCAAUUAAAGGCCCUGUCUAUGGUUUCGUAUUUUUAUUCAAAUGGAAUGAAGAACGUCGUUCACGAAGAAAAGGAGUUACUCCACUUGACGAGGCAUUUGUUGAAAGUGAUGACAUUGUUAAUAGCAUGUUUUUUGCACAGCAGAUAAUCCCAAAUUCCUGUGCAACACAUGCCUUGCUCAGUGUGUUAUUAAAUUGUGAUGAACUUCACCCUGGUGAAACAUUAAGCAAAUUAAAAGAAGACACAAAAGGAUUUGAUCCUGAGACCAAAGGAUAUGCUAUAGGAAAUAUCCCUGAGAUUGCCAUAGCACACAAUAAAUAUGCCAGACCAAUUCAUCGCAUUCUUCCAGACAGCAAGCCAGGGAACACAUUAUCAACAGCCAAAGCUGGAGAAACUUUCCAUUUUGUUAGUUAUAUUCCAAUCAAUGGAAGACUGUUUGAACUGGAUGGACUCAAGCCAUACCCAAUAGACCAUGGUCCGUGGGGCGAACACGAGGAGUGGACAGAAAAGUUUCGCAGAGUUAUUACAGAACGCCUUGGAGUAGCAUCAGGUGAACCAUGUCAUGACAUUCGUUAUAACUUGAUCGCGAUCGUCCCUGAUAAAAGACCAGAAUGUGAAAAAAAAUUGAAAACUUUUAAAGAGAAGAGGAAAAUUGUUUUGGACACAUUAAAUAAGGUUGGUCGUGGUGACUCCAGUACAGACACAGCAUCAGAAGGAGAACCUGAGCCAACACAAGAACACUCAGUUAAGAAAGCGAGACAUAAACUAAAAAUUCCUUCGGGAAGGAUUAAAAAACAGAAUGAACAGAAAAAUAAGACUUUCUUCUUGCCGGUCGAUAUGAAAAUCGAGACAGAAAUUGCUGGAAAUGUUGUAAAAGAAUAUGUUUCAAUGAUUCCACUGAUGAAAAUGGCAACUACGGAAAACCUAUUGAGGGAUAAAAAGCCCGGUACUGAAUGUACUACGGUAGAACAACCCACUAGUUCAGAAAACAAACCCACUGCGAGUAACGUUCCCGAUACUGAAGCUACCUUGGGCUGUGGAUCGUCGCAAAUCCAAAAUGAUGGAGAAAAAUCAUUGGGGAACAAUGUCCCAGGUGGAACUAACUUCGAAGUUAAAAAACUGGAACAAAAUAUUUUAGAAGGUGUUAAUGUCGACGACAAAAUCUCGAGGAGUUUAAACACCGGUGGGACAAAUGAUCCAGUGAAAGGAAGUGAGGAAGACAUUAAGGUGGAUGUUGAGACAGUACCGAGCUCAUCCGAAGGCGAUACACGAGAAAAUACCUCGGAGAAUUCGACUCAGAAACCAAAUUGCAAUACACCGUUGGUUGUAGUGGACGAUGAAAAUGGUGGAAAAAAUGACACAGCUAACAAUGCUGGUUUUAUUGAAAAAAGAGCGACUUUGUUUACAGAAGAUUCCAGCUACUUUUCAGUGUUUAAUUCGCAAUCAUCGACAUCUCCCCUGAGAAGUCCGACCGAGGCCGUGGACAUGGCGAUGAAGCUGGUAACUAAAGAUGAACCACCUGAUGCGCAGGAAUUGUACUCACUUCUAGAUACGAUAAAUCAGGAAAUCAACAAAUUUGAAACAGUUGUUAACGAAGAAACAGACAGAAGACGGAAAUAUCAGAUCGAUCAUUCACGUCGGACUCAUGACUUCGACCCGUUUAUUUGUACGUUUCUUCGAAUGCUCGCUGAGCAAGGUCAGCUGGCGCAGUUGGUAGAAGAACAAACAGCAGUUAAGCGACAUCUUGUUCAGUCAGCAGCGCAGAGAAAUGUCAAGAAAAAGUCUCACAGAUCUCACAAACGCAGACGGCGAUAAUUUUUGUAUACAGAACUUUAGAUUGUUACGUAUUUCUUUCUAAUCAUGUAAAGUGAAAUAUGCCAUGUAUAUAUUGAAUAUUAUUAGAAUUGUGUUGCCUUUUGAA